GGUUUUUGGUUCUGCAGAAUAUAUUCAGACACCAACCUUUAGCUCCAAAUGUUGCAUUAGCGCUACUUGCUAGCUACCUAUCGUAGCUUUGGCUAGUUAGCGCGGUUAACGCCGCCUAGCAAGCUAACAAUGGUUACGUUUCAGCACGUCGCCGCUGAAAGGAUCGCACAAGUACGUACGAGCAAUGUAAACAGGCUCUGGCGACCGUAACUGCAAAUAAUUGAGUAUCUGAUCAGUUUAUGACAAGACCAACUUUGUUUUGGUUAGCUAGCGUUAGCUAUCUAGUUAGCUCCAGGCUAAACAAUCUACAACACAUAGACAAUAGAUUGAAGUUCAGGAAACUUUGCCCCUGCGAGUGGGAGUCAAUAAAACAUCAACGAAACGCAAAUGCGAUGUCCACCGGCCUAAAAUUAAAAAAAAUCGGGAUUAUUGAACUGCGCAGAGAUCAAAGUUGAAAUGGCUGAAGACGGGCUCCUCGAGCCUCUCAUUAUCACCGAGGAAGGAGACGUAACGACGGGGCUCAAUGAAGGCGAAGCAGCGAGCGCUAUGGCUGUCAUCAUACAGAGCUGUAGCGGCGAGUCGUCUCCAAAUAAGGAAGAACGGCGCGGAGGAGAGACGGAGGGUGAAGAAAGUAUAGUGAGAAAAAUCUGUUCAGAAGACCUGGAAAAGCAACAAGCUGCACGAGAGGAAAAGCAGCACGAAGAAGUGGCUGUGAAUGAAAAGGACAAAAAGGAAAAUGAUGAACCAGAGGAAACAGAGACCACCAGUGAUGGACAGAGCACACGUGAUACAGAGGGCAAAGGUCAGAUGGACAAAGUGUUGGCUGUCAGUGAGAAAGCCAGUGACACAGGAGACAAGGACACGCAAAGUGACCCUCGAGUGGAAAUGAGGUUAAAGUCUGACGGGACAGAAAGACCAGAAGAAGAUUCAACUCAGGCUCGCCGAUUAACCCCAGACUUCCCAGAGACGCUGUACGAGCUGCUCUGCACGCUUCAAGAAGGCCGGCGGCUCAACGACCAGCGCUGCUCCUUCCGACUGGAGAGCGGAGUCAGGAGGCGGAGGUGCCACUCCGAGCCCAACACCACCAAGCCGUGCAACAGAGUUGUCUUUUCCUCCAUGACCUCCCUGCAGAAAGAGGAGUUCUUUGACCUCGUGGCCACUGCUCAAGCUCGUCGGCUGGAUGACCAGAGGGCUCAGCUCGAGAGGUCUGAGCCGCCGAAACCUAAAGCCAGAAGCUUUAGAGGCAGCCUAAAGCAAAUCUCUUUUGUGAAAAAGCCUGCACCAGUUGUUGUUCCCAAGGAGGAUCUGUAUGACAUGAUUCUUACCACUCAAGCCCAGGGCCGGCUGGAGGAUCAGCGCAGCAGGGCUCCUGGACCCAUGGAUGACGAGGACUUCUUCUCCCUGCUCCUCAGGGUCCAGGGAGGACGCAUGGACGAGCAGAGGACUGAACUACCAUGCAUGCUGCAAACCUGAGAAGAAGCAAAUCAAAUGAAACCAGAACACCGGGGCUAAUUUUGUAGCCUUUCCAGUAUUGUAGCUUUUUAGUUCUGUUUUCUGUUAACGCGUGUUUUCUUGAUACGAUGGCGCUUUGUUAUCCCUCGUGCUGGUUUGGAUCGGCGUUUAAACUGUUGAGACUGUAGCGAAAACGCUAAUAUUAGAGCAACAGAGCUUUUAACAUGACUGGAGCCACAGUGGUGGUAAGAUUGUGAAGUUUACUUUUAGGUUUUGUUUUUGAUUAACAGGAUUGAUAGUCAAGCUUUUGUUUUGUGCGGUUUAGGAUUUCAUUGAAUGUUUGCUUUGAGUGGUUGAAUGGUUCUUUGUGUGUUCCUGCUCUUAAUGUGGUCUGACCUCUCAUGAGCUGUUCUCUGUUGUUCACUCUAUUUGUACCAUAGACAUUAAACAGAUGAGGAGAUCAUAGUUUCAAGGACACAGUGCUUGAUUGUAAAUGGACAAAUCUCCUUAAAAAAUAAAACAAAGACUUAGUUUAUAAGA